GAGUUUGACCAACCGCACUCUAGCUCGGCUUCUCCGGCGCCGCCGAGAUGCUGUCCUGCCGUCUCCAGUGCGCGCUGGCCGCGCUCUCCAUAGUUCUGGCUCUGGGCGGUGUCACCGGCGCGCCCUCAGAUCCCCGACUCCGUCAGUUUCUGCAGAAAUCCCUGGCUGCUGCCGCUGGGAAGCAGGAAUUGGCCAAGUACUUCUUGGCAGAGCUGCUCUCUGAACCCAACCAGACAGAGAACGAUGCCCUGGAGCCUGAAGAUCUGUCCCAGGCUGCUGAACAGGAUGAAAUGAGGCUGGAGCUGCAGAGAUCCGCUAACUCGAACCCGGCCAUGGCACCCCGAGAACGCAAAGCUGGCUGCAAGAAUUUCUUCUGGAAGACUUUCACAUCCUGUUAACUCUAUUGAUUAUUGUUGUCCGUAUAAGACCUCUGAUUCCUCUCCUCCAAACCCCGUCUCUCCUCCCUAAUACCCCCAGUCCUCAGUAAGACCCUUGCAUUAGGAGUUGAAGACUGUAAAUACAAAAUAAAAU